UGCUAGUUUUGGAACAUAACUCCUUAUUGCUGCUUUAAAACAAUAUAAUUUGUACAGUAUGUUUGCAAUGAGUUUGUAUCACAAUGAUACGUGCAAUGUUGCAUGUUGUGUUUGAGACGGUUAAAGCAAGUGAGUAAAUUCAAAUGUUAACAUGGUACAUUUUAAUUGCCUCAUAAAAUUGGAAACUGGAAAGAUGCACAAACUCUGCUUUGGUCUGGCUGGUUAUUUUCUGUCCUCACUAAUUCAUGCCUAACCGAUGCCUUUUUUCAAUCAGAUGGCAGACUUUCGUCUCCUGGAAAACAUCUUCUCCCACCUACUCUUUCUAGGCCUUUUAACACUGUGUUUGAGUAUCUCUCAGCAUUCAUUCAACAAAGGUCAAAGGUUAUACAAUGAGCCAGAGAGCACCCCACUCUCCCAGACAGACAGUGGGCAGGGUUCCCCUGCUGGCAAUCCGUCAGACCCUCGGACCCUUCCAGAAGGGGGAACUCCUCCAGUAACAAAAUCUCUUCACAUCGACCUGAAGACUAGCUCUGCCUCAAAAGAGGGUCCGGCUCAAGUAGACGGUUCCACUUCUGAAACUUCCAGAGAACGUUCCCCACGGUCUGUUGGUUCCAGAGAGCAGGCUGGAGAAUCACAAGGAGAUCCCACGUCUCGUGAAAGAUUGUCUGUGUCUGUGACUACAAACCCUCUUUCUGCACUUGCAGAACAGACCACUGUUGGCAUGUAUCACCUGACAGGAACAUCCAUCACUCGAUCUCCAUUCAGUCUGAGAGUCCAUCACCAUGGGACCAAACCAACCGAUGCAUACUCCACGAGAAGCACAGUGCCUGGGACGACACAGUCAGCCACAACCCCUGAAGGAUCCGGCUUUGGGGACGACCCUGGGUGGAUAGACGGUCCGGGGAAGAACUUUGUGUCCAGCGAGAUGCCCAAAGGCUUUGCCAGUCACUCGGACAACAUCGAGUUCUACGACGACCUUGACAGCUCACGAUUUCUGCUGAGUCCUGGGUCCGGGCCCAAUAUCGCCCCGCGGGUCGAACUGCCCCCCGAAGACACACUUCUGGGAGAAGACCCGGAGUUUCUCCCUCUGCUUUUUCAGGAGAACUCCCGCCCAGCAAAGUACUGA